UCCAGUAAAUGGCAGACAAAAUGUUUGACAGAUUUAAAAUUAAAGUUGCAAUAAUUGUCUUGCAUUUCGCGUCAUGUCAGGCUGUAGACAGUCUAAGAUUCCUAGUGAUGGGAGAUUGGGGAGGAUUACCAACCGUCCCAUACACAACUUCUAUUGAGACAGGUACUGCUAAGGCAAUGGGUGCCCUAACCUCUACAUAUGGAACACAGUUUAAUUUAGCACUAGGUGACAAUUUCUACUUCGAUGGAGUGAAAACAGUCAGUGAUGCAAGAUUCAAGGAAACAUUUGACAAAGUAUUUACAGACCCGUCAUUGCAGAAGACACCAUUUUACCUUGUGGCUGGUAACCAUGAUCAUAACGGCAAUGUUUCAGCACAAAUAGCUUAUUCUAAAGUAGAAGACAGAUGGAAUUUUCCCGAUUAUUAUUACAAGUUAAAUUUCCCAAUCCCUGGCAGCCAGAUGUCAGUAGAUAUUAUCAUGAUAGACACUAUUCUACUCUGUGGUAAUAGCGAUCACGAUUUUCUUGGAAAACAACCCAAAGGACCAGCCAAUCAGAAGGUUGCUGAUGAUCAGCUGACUUGGAUAGAAAAACAAAUACAGACGAGCAAUGCCUCUUACCUCCUAGUUGCUGGACACUACCCAGUGUAUUCCAUAGCAGAGCAUGGUCCAACUGAUUGUCUUAUAGAUAAGCUACUACCAACUUUACAGAAAUAUAAAAUCACUGCAUAUCUCAGUGGACAUGACCAUAAUUUACAGCAUCUGUUGGUUACACGGCCUGGAUUGAAGAUGAAUUUCUUUGUGAGUGGUGGAGCUAAUUUUGCAGAUAAAAGUAACAAGCAUAAAAACAAGGUUCCUGACAAAUCAUCGAAAUUUUUCUGGGCAGAAGAAUCCCAACACGGAGGAUUUGCCUAUGUGGAGGCUCUCACCACAAAUAUGACAUGGACAUUUGUCAAUGGAGAAAGUAAAAAUCUAUAUCAGUAUGUUUUAUAUCCUAGGUCAUAGGUUUUGAUUUCUUGAUAAUAUUGGGUCAUGACUUCUUGAUAAUAUUGAGUCAUGACUUCUUGAUAAUAUUGAGUCAUGACUUCUAAUUAAUAUUGAACCAUGACUUCUUUAUAAUAAUAUUGAUGUGAAAUGUGCCAUUAACCAUGACAAUGAUUUAUUUUAAUUAACACCAAGGGAUUGGUUUCUUAACCUAAUCAUGCAGCAUAAUUUUUUAUAUUAUAUAUUUACAUUUUUUUAAAUUUUAAUAAUUACAUUGUUGACUUUUUUAUACAUGUAAGUUUGAAAUGAACUUAGGGUAACAUUUUUAAUUUCUGUAUUUUAAUAAGUUUUUUUUAUGAAUACAGUUUUGGGUUUUAUUAUAAAAACGGAGUAUUUUUCACACUUUUUGUAAUUAAUCUUUUGUUUAAUAGUUUUAUUUUCAACUUCAAACUUGAAUGUGAAUUUUUAUAAGCUUUUACAGAUAAUUUAUUUAAUGAUGCAAAGAUAGAAAACAAACCAAAGAUUUAAUUAUAGAAAAACAUUGUGUAGUUGAAGGAGAGUGCACCAAUGUAAGAACAAACAAAGAAUUGGAGAACAUCUUUUUUUCUAGUAUGUUUUGAGAAAUUUACAAACAUCAAAAAUAAAUCAGGAAUUAACUUGAAAAGAGAAAGAAAAAAGUAUACCUACUGUCUGUUACAAAUAACCAUUUCCUCAUUUGUGGUAAUAUUAUUCAUAGUGCAACUUACUUCUGAAUAAAAUUGUCUCAUUUAUAUGUAGGUUUUAUCUAUUUAAGGUUUGAAAACAUCAUUCUGUAUCAAUCAAUGUUCCAAAAAGAGAUUACAGGGUUGCUUUUAUUUAAAAAUUUUUAGUUUUAAGUCAAAUUUAGAUCAUUCACACAAUAGGUCACACACUAAUUUCCAGUCUUAUAGCAUGUUAGUCAUUGAAAUCUAGUCAUUUGAUAAUAUGUUUAAACAUUGAACAGUUUUAUAUUCGUAUAUUUGAAUAUUUUCAAAAUUUGUCUGUCUGUAUCUCUUCCAUUUUAGAAAAAUAGUAAAGUUUGUGUUUGUUGCUCACAUUUUAUAUUUUUAUUACUGAAUGUUUUUAUCGUUUUUUUUGUAUCCCCAAAAACCUUGCUGAAUCUAGAACCCUCAUGUUUUUCUUUUUUAAGUCCAUUUCAUGGAUAAUAUUCAUGGAUAGUGUUGUAGUAUCAGUACCCCUUUAUUCAUGCUCUAGUGAUUUAGGAAUUUUUGACAUUGAUAUUUGGUUUACUGUUGCAUUACUACCCCUUCAAUUCAGGUUGCCUGAAAUCGAAAUAUGAUACAAUGAUAUAAGAGUUAUAUCCCUUCUAGGAAUUAUAACUUGUUAUGAAAUUCAAUGGUGAGGAGCAAAUAUUCCAUGUGUAUUUUUAUAAAUAGACUUUGGUAAAUAUAAAAAUGAAAAAAAACUAUUAACAAAAAAACUGAACUCCAAGGUAACUGUAAAACAGGGAAGGCCUUAAAACCUGACAAAACCAAAGGCUUGACUCUCAAUAGAUGGAAAAUAACUUUCAUAUUCCUGACUUGGUUUCUGGUGGGUUAGAUAUGGUUUUAUAGCUAACUGUACCUCCCAAUUGUAUGACAGUCAAAUAUAGUUUUGUCAUAUUGACAAAAUUGGGUUGGCAAUCAAAACAACAUAAUAAGUUCAUGUGACAAUAAUUGGGAUCCAGCAGCCAAAUUGUGUAAACAUACAACUGCUUAAGGCCUCUUUACUUCCAACAUACCCCUAACCAAUCUUUACUUUAAAACUGAAAUAUAUGUUACAGUAGUGUUACAGAAACAAUGGACCCUUUAAAUAUGGUGUAUCAUUAAAUGAAGGUCACUGUUUUAGAUAUUCUUAUUGGUCCAGACAUGUUUGAGGUUUCUAGAAUUAUUUUUUGGUUGAGACAGUUUUAAGUGUAUGUGUAAUUUGUUUUAGAUGUGUUUGACAUUAUAUGUAGGAGUUUUUAUGGUUGUUGUACACUGUGAUAAUAACUUGCAUUCAUUCCAUUAUUGUUGAUCAUACCAAACUGUCUUUCAUUGAAAUAAAAUUAUUUUCUUAUGAUAUA